AUGGCGGGAAUUGUUGUUAAAUUUGUUUUCAUUGCGGCGAUAUCGAUUCCAAUCCAAGCAGACUUAGGUGUAUUUGUAAAUGAACUACAAGUACGAAAAGACCUACAAUUAGUACUUAUUGACUUGUUGAAUGGUGUGGCAAGGAAAGAUGAAGUAACUUGCAUGGUUAUCAUAUGCGAUUCGGUUUAUUUAAAUGUAUUUGAGGGGAAUAUUUUUAAGCGAACUUUUGCGGUUCCAAUCGUAAUGAUCGUUGUGGAAGAAUACGAAGAUUUAUUAUCUCCGAAUUACGAUACUUUAGAAGCUUUAAGGCAAGCGAGGAGAGAUGGGUGCAAUAUGUAUACUAUUAUUAUGGCCAAUGGGUUUCAAGUGACAAGUCUUCUGAUAUUCGGAGAUAGGCACAGAAUACUAGAUACACGAGCGAAAUAUAUAAUUCUUCAUGAUGUAAGCUUAUUUCACAGCAGCUUACAUUACAUUUGGAAAAGAAUUGUUAAUGUGGUAUUUCUGAAAUAUCAUAGAAGGGUUAUCGGUAAAGUUAAAAAUAGGGCCUGGUUCGACCUUUCAACUGUACCUUUCCCAAACCCCAUCAAAGGCAUAUUCAUAUCAAGACGUGUUGAUACAUGGAGUGGUCAAUUCCAUUAUAGUAGAGAUCUAUUCGUGGAUAAAACUGGAAAUCUUAACGGUGAAGUUUUAAAUGUCGUUUACUUUGACCAUCUACCAUCAGUCGUUGUGAUGAAGUCGAACGAAGCGAAUAAGGUUGGCGGUGUUGAAGUUGAAAUUCUUAACACACUUGCCAAGAAAAUGAACUUUGUGCACAAUUUGUAUGAACCAAUUGACUCUAAUAUCCAUAAAUGGGGUCAGAAGGACAGCAACGGUUCAUUUUCCGGUCUCCUCGGCGAAAUGGUGAACGACAAGGCUGAUUUAGCUCUCGGAAAUUUACAAUACACUCCUUAUCAUUUGGAAUUAUUAGAUUUGAGCAAUCCUUACACAUCUCAGUGUUGGACUUUCUUGACUCCAGAAGCUUUGUCGGAUAAUUCUUGGAAGACGCUCAUUCUACCUUUUAAUCUGUAUAUGUGGAUUGCUGUUUUAUUAGUAUUGUUAGUAACUGGAUCUAUAUUUUACGGCCUAGCGAAUUAUUACAUAAAUCUUUUAAAUUACAAACCGUUAAAUACAAAAAAUAAAGCGAAUGAAAAAAAAGAUAACUAUGCAAAACCAGUCGGGCUUUAUUUGUUCGGGGAAAUAACAAACAGUAUUCUAUAUACUUAUGGAAUGUUACUCGUCGUAUCUCUACCUAAGUUACCAACUGGUUGGUCAAUCCGUCUUUUAACUGGAUGGUACUGGCUCUAUUGCAUUCUACUAGUCGUGUCGUAUAGAGCGAGUAUGACCGCUAUUCUGGCCAAACCCGCACCACGGGUUACUAUCGACACGUUGAAAGAAUUAGUUAAUAGCAAAAUAGCAUGCGGUGGCUGGGGUAUCCAAACGAAACAAUUCUUCGAAGGAUCUCUAGACGAAAUGGGACAAACAAUCUCUGAAAGAUUUGAAACCGUUGAGAAUCCCGAAAAAGCCGCUGAGAAAAUAGCUAAAGGCGUUUUUGCUUACUACGACAGCUCUGACUUCCUUAAAUAUUUGAGUGUAAAGAGAAAAACAAAUAUGAAUCUAAGCAGCCCCAUGUCGAAAACAGCUGUACAAGACAAAGGAAACAGAAACCUGCAUAUAAUGUCAGAUUGUGUUGUAAAUAUACCGAUAUCGAUUGGUUUUCACAAGAACUCACCACUGAAACCAUUAGCUGAUAUUUAUAUCCAGAGAAUCAUAGAAGUCGGUCUCGUGGAGAAAUGGCUCAGUGACAUCAUGUAUAAAAUAAGGUCAAUGGAUGCUAACGAGGAGGAGAUCAAGGCUUUGAUCAAUUUGAAAAAAUUAUACUGUGCAUUUGUAGCGCUUGCUAUCGGUUAUUCAUUGAGCCUUUUAUGUCUGCUUGGUGAAUUUGUCCACUGGAAUUUCAUUGUCAAGAAGGAUCCGAGUUUUGAUAAAUAUGCAAUAGAUAUUUAUUACAUGAACAAAAAUAAACGGGCUUUAGAAUUGUAG